UGAGAGGAAGGAAAGAGAAGAGAGGGAGAGGAAGAAUAAAGAAGAAUGUGAGAGGAAAGAAAGAGAAGCGACAGAGAGGAAAGAAGAAGAGGACAGACAGCAAAGAGAAAAACAAGAAAGAGAAAAAAUGGAGCGAGAGGACAGAGAAAGGCAUGAAAGAGAGGAACAAGAAAGAGCAGAGCAGUUGUUGAAAGAGAAAAUGGAAAAGGAAAAGAUAGAGAGGGAAAUAAAAGAAAGAGAGGAGCAGGAAAAGACAAAGAUGGAACUCAAAGAGGAGGAAGGGCAAGAGACACUGGCUGAAAUGGACAAAAUAGUUUCAGGCCAGCCAGUGGAAGCAGAAGUAAGGCAGCAGACAGAAAAUGCUUCUACAAAUCUCACAGAUGAUGUGCUAAAAAUGGAGAGUACAGGAGCAGAGGUGACAAAGGAGGUACCAGAGACCCAUGCUGCAAUUGAAUCCGUGGUCAUGGUUGAAGAUGAUUUCAUCACAGUGGUGCAAACAAUUGAUGAAGCCGAAGAACCAGGUCACAGUGUUCGUUUCUCAGCUCCACCUGAAGCCGAAGCCCUCUGUGUUGUUGCGCGGAAAGAAGAAGUAGAGGAGAUGGAAGAGGAUGAGUUUGUAGAGUUGGCUCAGGAGGCAGACUUGGAGGUGGCCAGCCUUGAGGAGAUAGGAGAGGUCCCUGAAACCCCUGCCUCCCCAGCCCAGGAGGCUCAGACCAGAGAAACGGAGGGACCAUCAGAAAGCUAUGAUAGAGAUGAAACAACAGUAGAUGACUCUAUCCUUGACAGUUCCUGGGUAGACACACAAGAUGAUGACAGAAGUAUGGCAACAGAGCAGAUUGAGCUUUUACCCAGGGUGCCCAGUCCAGUUAAAAAACCUGCUGCGGUCCGGAACAAUCUGACACAACCGCGGAGUACGGAAAAACACGACAAAUCGGUCAAACCCAAAACUAAAGGUGGGCGAGCUAAAGGUCGCAUCUCCACACCUGAACGCAAACCUGUUCGCAAAGAGCCCAUCUGUAUACCCAGAGAAGAGAUCAAGAAGAAAAAAGCUAUCCUAAAGAAGACAGAGUUCAACAAAAAAGUGGAGUCUCAGAGUCUUUCUCCUUCCAAGCGGAGCGCCAUUAGGCCAGCAGUCCGCCAUACACGGCCCAUCCAGCAUCACUCCUGCCCAAGAAGGAGACCCACAGAAGCCCUGUCAGACAGUUGCCACUCUUUUAGUGUUGCCAGACAGUCUCGGGACAGAGCCUCGGAUGGUGGGUCACAGAGCCCAGUUAAAAGAUCCUCGGCGCAGCGUCAUGCCUCCAUUCUGGGUCGCCGUGGCUACGAACACGAGGAGAGUUCUACCUCCAUCACCAGCUCUGGAUCGACUGCUCCCCGCAGACCCACAUCAUUUCGCACUGAAAUGAGAGCAGAGCAUAGGAUAGGACGAGCCCCUAGCAUGACAGUUACAGAAUCAGUACUUUCCCGUUCAGCUCGCAGUGGCCACUCAACCCCUCGCACACCAGGGUCCACAGCCAUCACCCCAGGAACCCCUCCCAGCUACUCGUCAUCUUCAAGAACCCCAGGGACCCCACGCUCCCUCAGUUUGAUUUCCCACGAGAGGAAAGUGGCUGUGGUCCGCACCCCACCAAAGUCACCCGCAACCACUCCCAAGCAGCUGCGCAUCAUCAACCAGCCACUGCCCGACUUCAAGAAUGUCAAGUCCAAGAUUGGCUCAACAGAGAAUAUAAAAUACCAGCCAAAAGGAGGACAGGUUCUCAUCCCCAGUGUUAAACUGGACUAUAGCCAUGUUCAGUCUAGGUGUGGGUCCUUGGACAGGCGGGGCCACUCAGCAGGAGGUGGAAACGUACAAAUACAGAACAAGAAGAUUGACUUGAGCCAUGUGACCUCCAAAUGUGGUUCUCUUGACAACAUCCAUCAUCGACCAGGUGGCGGCAAUGUGCGGAUAGAGAGUGUGAAGUUGGAUUUCAAAGACAAAGCUCAAGCCAAGGUGGGUUCACUGGAGAAUGCACAUCACAUUCCUGGUGGAGGUCGCAUAAUGAUUGAGAGCCACAGGUUGACGUUUCGCGAGCAUGCAAAGGCCCGUGUUGACCAUGGAGCUGAGAUCAUUGUCCAAUCACCUGAUGUGUCAGGCUCCAUCUCUCCCCAGCACCACAAGGAAAGCCAGCUGUCGUCCUCUGGCAGUCUCAACAUAAUGGAGUCUCCACAGUUAGCAACCUUGGCCAAGGAUGUCACUGAAGCCCUAGCCAAGCAGGGCUUGUGAACACUGGAUCUCUGGAUUGCUGCUGUGCAUCCUAAACAUCUUCACCUUUGUAAACUUUUCUGCCCUCACUUGCCAUCCUGAAACAAAGUGGUUACCAUUGAUGCUCAGCAAACCGAGUUCUCCUUAACAUCUUUAUCUCAAGAUCUUUCACUAAACUCUAAGCAAAGACUAGACUUAGAAGCUACUGUGUUUUGGUCCUCUAUUUUUAACCCUAAACGUGUGUUUUCUGAUUUGUUUUGUGGAUAUUCCUUUGUUUUGAACGUUUUGCAUAGAGUUAGACUGGGCGUUUGCUCUAGAUUAAGUGGUAUAUUUCUCAUCACUGGCUUUCCUGAUCUUUGAUCAGUGUUGAGAAGUGACAGCCUUUUUUCUACAUUAACCAAUUAAAGACAUGGCCUGUACACCAUGCCACCCUUUUUGUUCUUGCUCAGAAAACAUGCAUGAUUGCCAGAUUCCCAACAACAAGCAUCCUUAUUGUGAGUCAGUAUUGUGACUCAACCCAUGAUCUAUUUAAAACUAAUAAUAUAGACAUAUCUUUAAAAUACAACUUCUUUCCCAUUCACACAUCAACACAUUUUAAGCGGAAGCAAAAAUAUGGCUAUAAAAUAUUACUUUAAAAUGACAUUUAUGCAAGAACCACAUCAUGUUAUGACAAGCAUGUAUGAAUCAAAUACGAAAAGAGGCUCUUUUGUAUUCAAGAAAAAAAAAUUUUAGUAAAUAAUUUCCUCAUUUAUGGAUAACAAUAAACAAGGUCAUGUUUUGUAGUCAAUAGAUGUUUUACAGUGUAAUGCUUGGUGACAGUGUCCAAGACUAAGGGAUGAAUCUCCAUCCUGUCAAACAGCUUUACUCACCUUAACCUGCUCAGCAGAUCUACAUAGAAGCCUGUUUAAACACCUGGAGCUCAUUCCACAUAUAUUCUAGAAAUAAAUUCCUUGAGGAAUAUUAUGAAUAACCAAUAAAGGUUGAUGAUUCAGUCAUCAAAAUGGAUGCUGAUUGCUGUCUGAGCCACAGAAGAAGAGAUGCUACAGCAGAUGAUGCCGCUACUUCAAAUAUUGUGUGUGUCUGGUGUGUGUGUGUGUGUGUGUGUGUUCUUGUACUUGUUGCUGAGUGAGAACCAUUUUUCGUAUUUUUAUUGCAAAGUGAGGACAUUUUGACAAAGUGAGGACAUUUUCCUGGUCCUCACUU